AUGGAGAGCCCUCACGAGCACCAGCAGAACCUCCUGCUCUCACGUAUCAUUACCAACGUGGAGAAGCUUAACGAAGCCGUUGUUGUGAUGAACAAAAGUCUUCAAGACAUCAACAUCCAGAACAUGAACGUCGAGCUAGUUGCCCAGAUGUUCAAGAACUACCAAUCAAAUGUCUUAUUCCACUUGGAAGCUACGGACAACUUGAAGCCUCCCAGCUAA